AUGGUGGGCUCUCGAGACCUUGCGUUUGCCGGCAUGAUUUCAACAGUCAGCACGUCAGUCUGCGCCACUAUCCAAGGUCACUGGAUUGCCGCCUUCUUGGGUGGCCAACUGGAUCGCCUUCCCCUCUCUGAUCAGGAUAUUACGGACGAGAUCAUGUUGCUCACGCAAUGGGGAAAAUGGCGUUACCCUUGCGGUUACGGCGCCGACCUUCCUGACUUUGUGUUUGAGGGUUUCCCAUACAUCAAUAUGUUGAUGAAAGAUCUCGGAGUAGAGACACACCGCAAGUCUAGUCGGCUUCAGGAACUUACAUCACCCUACCUGCCGGCCGACUUCCGCGGCUUGGUUUAUGAGUGGAAGCAGGAUCACGGUGCUAGCGAAAUCGACGUUGCCACGCAAAGGUUGUGA